AUGCUAUGCCUGCCACCCAACCACGCAGCCAGCCAGCCCUUCAACCUCCCAGCCACAUUGCCACCCAGACAACCCUUCAACCACCCAGCCACCCAGCCCUUCAACUACCCAGCCACCCAGCCCUUCAACUACCCAGCCACCCAGCCCUUCAACUACCCAGCCACCCAACCCUUCAACCACCCAGUCACCCAGCCCUUCAACCACCCAGCCACCCAGCCCUUCAACCACCCAGCCACACAGCCCUUCAACUACCCAGCCACCCAGCCCUUCAACCACCCAGCCACCCAGCCCUUCAACCACUCAGCCACACAGCCACAUUGCCACCCAGACAGCCCUUCAACCACCCAACCCUUCAACUACCCAGCCACCCAGCCCUUCAACCACCCAGCCACACAGCCCUUCAACCACCCAGCCACCCAGCCAGCCACCCGGCAGCCAGCCCUUCCCAGCCACCCAGGCAGCCAGCCCCCCUUCAGCCACCCAGGCAACCAGCCCUUCAGCCAUCUGGGCAGCCAGCCCCUCAACCACAGCCACCCAGGCAACCAGCCCUUCAGCCACCCAGCCACCCAGGCAACCAGCCCUUCAGCCACCCAAGCAGCCAGCCCUUCAGCCACCCAGCCACCCAAGCAGCCAGCCCUUCAGCCACCCAGCCACCCAGGCAACCAGCCCUUCAGCCAUCUGGGCAGCCAGCCCUUCAACAACAGCCACCAAGGCAGCCAGCCCUUCAGCCACCCAGCCUCCCACCCACCCAGUCAGCCAGCUAGACAUUGCCACACUCACUGG